AUGAACACAGAAACGAACCAGGUAGAGAGGAUCGAACCGGAUGAAGUUGACGAUUACUUAACAGAGCUCACUCUCGUGGGAUGGAGCCGAGCGACAAAACGGAAGCUCCUAAACGUGGAGAUUGCGAACGAAGUUCGCGCUUUGAUGCCGGUGCGCUUGCAAUUGUACCAUGAAUGGGAGUUGGUUUACGGGAUGGAACAGCACGGAACGUCAUUGCAAACCCUCUACCAGAACUGCGACCCCACAGUGGCGCUCCGCCGCAAGACGAGCUUGUAUCUGGGCAGCGAUGAGGGGUUCAUGGGCAGCGAAGUCAAACGCGUGAUUACCACCGGAAAUGGGGCCGACUUAUCGCCGCUCCGCCGAAACGGCUACGUAAUGGUCAUCAAGGAUCAUGCGGGAAACAUCUUUGGGGCCUACUUGAACGAGUAUCUCCGUCCGGUGGAAUCCAGACGCUUCUACGGUAACGGAGAGUGUUUCUUAUGGAAGUGUUCGUUUGUAGCGAUGAACCAGUACGAGGGCGCUGAUGGUACGGUGCACCACACCGUGCACAGUAAUACUGAAAAGACGAUGCAGUUUAAAGCGUUCCCAUACACGGGGGAGAACGACUUUUUGAUUUACAGUAAUCGGAACUCGAUUGCCAUUGGCAGCGGCGGCACCGAUAACCUCACCAACCAGUUUGGGUUGUGGAUUGAUGCAGAUAUUGAAAACGGAUACAGUCAUCCGUGCUUGACAUUUGGCAACGAGUGCUUGAGUGAUGCGGGCAAGAAGUUUAAGAUAUAUGGGUUGGAGGUCUGGCGCGUAGGGAGCUAG